AAAUCUGCAAAGAUAAAUAUAAAACCUGUGUUAUCAAAACACUCAAACGAUUGGCAUAUAAAAAGCCAACAUAAUGCCGACUAACAGCAACAGUAUUCAUUAAACAGUUUGUGUUAACACAACUGAGUCUAAAAUCGUAAUAUCGUAAAAAUUUAGCAAAAAUCCAAAACCCAAUUAAACAAAAUGAAGCCUAUUCUUGUUAGAAUACUUUUCCUAAUUGCCGCUUUGGCUAGCGUUGCCAUUGCUGCCAACAGCUCGUGGGGUACUCGUUAUUCGUCGGAUGUUUUAUUGCUACGUGAGAACGUCGUACGUACACCGCUUAAGAAUGGAUACCAAAGUGCUAAUGUGGAUUUCCCCAAAUCGGGUCAAGUCAGCAACCGCACUAUUUCAGCCAUUUACAUUUACGAUCGCUUCACAAAUAGCUCUGGCGCUUACGCGAGUUUGUGGUCUGGUGGUCCAGGCUAUCGUUUUGUCUCCAUCAAUUUGAAGAGUCAAUAUAAUCGCGGCAUUAACUCGACUGUGGAAAUAUAUGGCAAAAAAUAAGUACAUACUUAAGCUACCUCUCAGCAAAUGAAAAUAAUACAAGUACAUACCAACAUACAUAUGUAUCUACUAUGGGCGCAAAUUUUCAAUCGAUUGUACAGAGUUGUAACUAGAUACUUCAGUUGCAAUACGGCAACCUCACGCGUGCAUUUGUAAUGUGAUUCUUCUAAGUAUGUGACAGAGUUUUAUAAGAAUUUUAUUUGGCAAUAAAAAACAACUUUGAUUAGCGUAAGUUGCAACUG